CGCUGAGGAGCCCUUUAGAACCGAAGUUCCGAGGACUGAAAGAGGGCAGGCGUGAGCAACCAUGGCCGGGCAGCACCUCCUAGUACCCCGGCUGGAGGGCGUUUCUCGGGAGCAGUUCAUGCAGCACUACUACCCACAGUGCUUUACAAGGGAGUCCAGACUCAAGAAAAACGGAAGAUAUUGAAAGAAAAAAUCCACAAUAUUACAAGAAAACCUCUUGUGUUGGAAGGGAUUGAUUUGGGGCCAUGUACAAGCAAAUGGACGGUGGACUACCUAAGCCAAGUUGGAGGGAAUAAAGAAGUAAAGAUUCAUGUUGCUGCAGUUGCACAGAUGGACUUCAUUAGUAAGAACUUUGUAUAUAGAACUUUACCUUUUGACCAGUUAGUCCAGAGAGCAGCUGAAAAGAAGCAUAAAGAAUUCUUUAUUUCAGAGGAUGAGAAAUACUACUUACGAUCACUUGGAGAAGAUCCUAGAAAGGAUGUUGCAGAUAUCAGAAAGCAGUUUCCUUUGUUGGAAGGAGAUAUUAAGUUUCCAGAAUUCUUCAAAGAGGAACAGUUCUUUUCCAGUGUUUUUCGAAUUAGUUCACCAGGAUUACAACUUUGGACUCAUUAUGAUGUAAUGGAUAAUUUCUUAAUACAAGUGACAGGAAAAAAGCGUGUUGUACUCUUCAGUCCUCGAGAUGCCCAGUAUUUAUAUUUAAAAGGUACUAAAUCAGAAGUACUGAAUAUAGAUAACCCAGACUUGGCUAAAUAUCCACUUUUUUCCAAGGCUAGAAGAUAUGAAUGUUCCCUUGAAGCUGGUGAUGUAUUAUUCAUUCCUGCUUUAUGGUUCCAUAAUGUAAUUUCUGAAGAGUUUGGAGUGGGAGUGAACAUCUUUUGGAAGCACCUUCCAUCUGAAUGCUAUGAUAAAACAGAUACCUAUGGCAACAAAGAUCCUACAGCAGCAUCAAGAGCUGCACAAAUUUUGGACAGAGCCUUGAAAACACUGGCCGAGUUACCAGAGGAAUAUAGGGACUUCUAUGCACGACGAAUGGUCGUACACAUUCAAGACAAAGCCUACAGCAAGAACUUUGAGUAAAUAAUUAAGUGAAUGCAAUGCACAUAAACAUUUUAAUAACAUUUAGGUAAAAUACUUUUAAGGUAUAAUGAUAUAAAUUAAUCUUUAAAUAUUUUAUUAAAAUAGGAAAGAAAUCAGAUUUAUAGAUUACAUAAAUAGGAAAGGGUGUUUGUGUGGAUUCUCCUUGAUGCAGAUUGUUAUAAUUAAAGAAUGCUGUGCUGGGACCACUCUUUAAUGUUCAGAUGCUGACCAUUUAAAAGUCCAACUGAAAAUGACUUAAACAAUAAGAAAAUAUAUUGAAUCACAACACAUGAAAUUUAUAGAUAGAAUGGGCUACAGUAUUUCUGAUCCAGUGAUUCUGUAAUGUCAUCAAGAACCUUGGGAGCCCGCCUCCGUACCCCACCCCCUUUUCACCCACAACACUGGCAUCAUCCUAAGGCUGGCUACCCUCGUGGUCAUGGGAUGACUGCCAGUAGCAGUUGGAGCCUUCUGCAUCUUCAUUUACAUGCAGUGGAAGAGUCAGGCUGGAUUCUAGGGGCCUCGUCCUAAUAUGAGAAAGCUUCCCCAGAAUUCACUUUCCAUAUCCUAAGGUCUCAUUGCUCUAAAAUAACUUAGACCUGUCUAUCCCGGAGUCACUGGCAAAGGGUCUGGAAUAACACUUAGGGCAGUAAGGUCUACUGGAGCUGAGAAUAGAAGUGGAGGCCUCAUAAGGGGUAUAUGGGGACAGAAUGGAUAAGUUUUAAAAAUCAUGAUUCUGAUAGGAAAACCACGAGUAACCAAUAGUAUCUAUUACAUUUGCUAAGAAGAAUUUUAUGAGGAACUUUAAAAAACUGUACAGAUACCUUGGUCCCAACUUUGUAGACUGAUUGAGAAUGUUUGGGAUAUGGUGUAGGAACUUAAUGGACCUCACAGGGUGUUUUCAUACAUAAUCAGCUGAGAUCAACUGGACUUGAUGAUAGUGACUUGGAUUAUUAGUUUUGUAAUUAGUCCAAAACAAAUGUUUAAUCUGAUUCUGACGUUUUUUGCCACCAGUUUGUCAGGUCUGUCCUUUUUUUGGUUUUUGUAUGUUAGAAAACAUUUACUUAAAGAAUGAAUAAAUGAGAUCGUAAUAGUGUUGUAAUUGAAGACAGUGAGCCAUUGUGUGUGGAUCUCUGCUAUUCUUUGUUCUGUACCUAGUAAUUAUAUUGCAGUGUCAUUGAAGAGCAGAUAAUCUUUGCUGAACAUAAAUGUGCCCAUCUAAAGCAAUCUCUUAGAACAUCAAUUUGGUGCAUUUUAAUUAGAGAAAAUAAUUUUCUCUACUGAAGAGAAUCCAUCCAUUCAUGCCCUAUAAAUAAUAGUAAAUAAGAAAGGAAAAGCAUAUAAAACAUUCUGAGUUUUCUAGGUGUCUUUGGAAACAGAUAAGUUACUCAGGUCAACAAAACUGAAAAAAGUCUUGUCAGAAAAGGAAUGAUUAUAUUAGCCAAAUUUAAUUAUCAGAUUUGAUCUUCGUUACCUUAGGCUAAGCGAAGAACUUCUUUAGUGAUUCCUUGCCCUUCAGUAAGGAAAAAGACAAAACUCCUCUUAGUGUACACAGUAUUUAUGGUCAGUUUUUAACCUUUUUUUUUUCUUAGCAGUUGAACUGAUAAAUCUAGAGUCAUGUAGAAAACUUGGAAGUAUUAAUAAAACAGAUUACAGUUGUGCACUGAACAUUCAUCUUAAUUGUUUAAUGGUGAAGCAAACUGGAUAGUCUUAGACAAAAUAACAUUUAUCUGUGAAGCUUAUAUUCCUCAUAUUUAAAACAGAACUAUCAAAAUGCAGAAAGGUAGUUCAAGGGCAGGCACAUAGUUGAUGACUUAUGCUAGUUUUUCUAUUUAAUUAUAUUCUUUUUUUGCUGAGAGAUUUGAGGUAGCUUCUGUUGCAGUAUUUAUAAUGUUUACAAAGUUAGAGAACUUUCCUUUUGGAUGUUUUAAAAUUAUUUCCCUGGUCAUAGUUUUUAAUAUUAGGGUCUGUUUAUUUCAAAUACAAAAUAUUUUAAUCUUUUUUCCUACUGGGUUAAGACCAAAUGAGAUACUUGUUUUUAAUGUGUAAAAUAUUACACAGUAUAUGUUAGCUGGAACUUCUUGGGAAUUCUGAAUCUUACUUUUUUACUGAACGAGAUAUUAGAAGCCAUCUAACGAACCCAGAUUGCAAUGAUUGUCUGGGCUCACAUAGCUAUGGGUGAUAGAAACUGGGAUUACAGUUGUGAUCAGUAAUUCUCCAUUCUUUUCUCCCUGAUGUGCAGCACUUCUCCAGUACAUUCAAAUAGAUUACACAGCUUUUCUUUGGCUAGUUUGGGGGCUUGACCUGAUGCAAAAAGGAUUUUUUUUCCUCUGCCCACAACAUUUCUCACUGCACUGCUUGCUACACAGAUAAGAUUCAAAAUAAAAGUAAUCAUGAGCCAACCGCAGUGGCUCAUGUCUGUAAUCAAUCCCAGCACUUUGGGAGGCCGAAGCGGGCGGAUCACAAGAUCAGGAGAUUGAGACCAUCCUGGCCAACAUGGUGAAACCUGUCUCUAUUAAAAAUACAAAAAUUAGCUGGGUGUGGUGGCGCAUGCCUGUAAUCCCAGCUACUUGGGAGGCUGAGGGAGGAGAAUCACUUGAACCAGGAAGUUGGAGGUUGCCUGGCGAUGGAGGGAGACUCCAUCUAAAAAAGAAAAGUAAUGAUGAAUUGCAUUACACCAGAAUGUAAUACAAAAAAAAAAAAAAGAAAUGAAAUACUAUGCAAAGAAUGAGGAAGAGGUAUAUGUACAGGCAUGGAAGUUUUCCAGUGUAGUUACAUGAAAAAAAUCAAACUGUACUGCCACUUGUGUAAUAAGGUAUGUGGUGUGUGAACAUCUUAUUUGCAUAUGCAUAUAAUUAUCUCUAAGGAUGCAAGAAAAACUAGUGAUACUGAUGCCUUCAAGAAGAGGUUCAACUAUGUGGGCUGAUUGGAAUCUGCAGUUUUAUAUUAUUUGAAUUUUUGUUCACAUUACUCUUUCAAAAUGCAUUUUAAAAAUACUUUAUGCACCGAGAUGGGUGGAUCAUCUGAACUCAGGAGUUCAAGAUCAGACUGGGCAACCUGGCAAAACCCUGUCUCUACCAAAAAUACAAAAAAUUAGCAGAGUGUGGUGGUGCACACCAAUAGUCCCAGCUACUCAGGAGGCUGAUAGGAGCAUCACUUGAGCCUGAGAGGUGCAGGUUGCAGUGAGCUAGAAUUGUGCCACCGCACUCCAGUCUGGGUGACAGAAUGAGACCCUAUCUCAAAAAAAAAAAAAAAAGGAGAAAAUACUAUAUACAGAGCUGGGAGUGGUGCUACACACUUGUAGUACCAGCUACUUGGGAGGCUGAGGCAGGAGUGCUUGAAGCCUUGAAGCCAGGAGUUCAAGUUCAGCCUUGGCAACAUGGGAGACCCAUCUCAAAUUUAAAAACAUUGCAGAGUGUAAUUAUUAGUGUUUCAUAACAUUGUUUGUCUUGGCAUUUGAAUGGAAAUUAGAAUUCUAUUUGUUCAGUAAUUAAUUUCUAACUCACUUUGAUGAAAUAUGAAAACAAAGGAAACAAAGUCAACAAAACUUUGUAUCCUUCAUCCUUUUGAACAGCAGCUAUGUGAACAUUUGGAAAGAACCUUAGUAAGGCGGCUUUUCUAUCACCUAUAAAAAGUUGCCAACAGACAUCAAAGGAGUUGACAAAAAAAAAAAAAAUGCAGGAAGCUGGAAGGCAGGCCUGGAUGGAAUUGGAACUGUGCUGCUGUGACUCCUUUCCCCAGUGCUAAAAAAUAGAUGUACUCAGGAGGAACUAACAUAGAUUGGCAGUCACCCACACAUCUCUGGUGUUACCUUAGUCUUGUUUCAAGCAUACAAGCCACAAGUUUUUAGGUGUCUUAAAUAUACCUAAGUUGUAGUCUCCUUUUAAGUUCCAUUAAGCAGGAUACUAAAAUGACUUUUUUUGGUAACUCUGCCUGUCUCUACCCUAACUAGUUUAACAACUGCUGGAUCUCUGCCUUUGUAAAGAGCAACAUGAGUUUACAGAUGAGAUCUAUCUAUAUCUCUUCUAAUGUUUGUUUCUCUUAAAGACCUUUAAGUAAAAUAAAAUAAGCUCUUUUAUGAAUACUA